AUGGUGUCCCAGGACUCGCCAUCUACGGUGUCCAGGCACCCGCAAUCCACGAUGUCCAGGCACCUACUCUACACGGUAUUCCAGCAUCAACCUCCAACGGGCCUCGUGUUCCUCUUCAUAACGAGGUAUAAUCGUCCAUCCCUAAUGGUGUCCCAGGACCCGCCAUCUACGGUGUCCAGGCACGCACCUUCAACGGGGUCCAGACACCAGCUUACAACGGGAAUCAGGUUUUACCCCACCACGGUGCCCAAGCACCCGCCUUUAACGUCGCCCAGUCACCCGUCUUUACCGACGCCCGUGGACCCGCCUUUGAACAAGGUGCAUGCACCCACCUACGACCAGACUUAUGUAUCCGCCUACAAUGAUGUUCAGGUAACAAACUACUAUGGUAACCAAGAACGCAUCCUUCACGGUGCUCAGGCACCUACUUACAACGGGACACUGGCGUCCAUGUUCUACGGUGCCCAGGCACCAGCCUUCCACGGUAUCCAGGCACCUAACCCCAGCGGUUUUCAAGUACCGACCUACGACGGGACUCAAGUUCCAUCCCACACCGGUACUCCAGCUGUUGCUUCCAGUGGCGCUCAGGCGCCCAUCUUCACCUGGGCACAUGGACCCACUCUCAACGGUGUUCAGACACCUACCUCCCACGGGACUCACGUGCCCGCCUACAACGAUACCCCAGAAUCCGCCAUCUACCGGUCCCGCAUGCCCGUCUACAAUUAUACCCAAACAUACCCACAUUACUCGGUGCAAGCACUCACAACCUAUGAGGUCCCGCCACCCGUCGACCAUUGGGGGCAAACUUAUCCCAUAGCAUGA